AUGACGGACAGGGCGGGCUACAGCACUCCUAAGGGCAACCCCCGGCCCCCUGUGCCCCCAGUGCUGCCCCCUGAGCCUAUAGACAUCAUCCGCAUUAAGGCCCGUUCCCGGAGGGUCCGGCUCAACGUUGGGGGGCUCACACAUGAAGUCCUGUGGAGGACACUGGACCGGCUGCCCCGGACACGGCUGGGACGGUUAAGAGACUGCAACACCCAUGAGUCUUUGCUGGAGCUCUGUGAUGACUACAGCCUCACAGAGAACGAGUACUUCUUCGACAGACACCCCGUGGCCUUCUCCUCCAUCCUCAACUUCUACAGGACGGGGAAGCUGCACAUGAUGGAGGAGAUGUGCGCCCUGUCCUUUGGACAGGAGCUGGACUACUGGGGCAUCGACGAGAUCUACCUGGAGUCGUGCUGCCAGGCCAGGUACCACCAGAAGAAGGAGCAGAUGAACGAGGAGCUGCGGAGGGAGGCAGAGACGCUGAGGGAAAAGGACGGAGAGGAGGAGGAUCACGGCUGCUGUCCUGAGCAGAGGCAGAAACUCUGGGAUCUGCUGGAGAAGCCAAGCUCUUCUGUGGCCGCAAAGAUCCUGGCGAUGAUCUCCAUCCUGUUCAUCAUCAUCUCCACCAUCUCGCUGUCUUUGAACACUUUGCCGGAGCUGCAGGUUGUGGAUGAAUUUGGACAGUUCAGUGACAACCCCAGCUUAGCCCACGUGGAGGCGGUCUGCAUCGCCUGGUUCACCAUGGAGUAUCUGCUCCGCUUGCUCUCUGCACCUAACAAGUGGAAUUUUAUCAAAGCCCCUCUGAACAUCAUUGACUUACUGGCUAUACUGCCUUACUAUGUAACUCUCUGCCUAACUGAGUCCAACAAGAGCGUGCUGCAGUUUCAGAAUGUACGCAGAGUCGUCCAGAUCUUCAGAAUUAUGAGAAUCCUGAGGAUCCUCAAGCUCGCUAGGCAUUCAACAGGACUCCAGUCCUUGGGCUUCACUUUGAGAAGGAGCUACAACGAGCUGGGCCUGCUGAUCCUCUUCCUUGCAAUGGGCAUCAUGAUCUUUUCUAGCUUGGUGUUCUUUGCUGAAAAGGAUGAGGACGCCACUAAAUUCACCAGUAUCCCUGCCUCCUUCUGGUGGGCUACUAUUACCAUGACCACAGUUGGGUAUGGAGAUAUCUACCCACAAACCCUGCUUGGGAAGAUUGUAGGAGGACUCUGCUGCAUAGCAGGGGUGCUGGUCAUUGCCCUGCCAAUCCCAAUCAUUGUGAACAACUUCUCAGAGUUCUACCGAGAGCAGAAGAGGCAGGAGAAAGCCAUCAAGAGGAGGGAGGCUCUGGAAAGAGCCAAACGAAGUGGGAGCAUCGUAUCAAUUAAUCUUAAGGAUGCGUUUGCCCGCAGUAUGGAACUCACAGAUGUGUUAGUGGAAAAGAGAGAGGACAGUAAGUGUCCUGUGGACAAUCAUUUGUCCCCUAGCCGCUGGAGCUACCACAAACACUACACCAAUGCAGAGGUUGGUAGCCCAGCAAAGUCCCAGCUUUCACAUUACCAGGAGGUGGCUCAGCGCGGAUCCCCUGAACGACUCAAACUUUCCUCCAACAAAACCACGCCCCAACACCUCACCUCAAAGCGACUUGACGACACGUACAACGAGAAAGCAACGAUCUCAGAGCAACAGGACAAAAAGGCAGAGGAGAUAAAAGUGCUGACCUCAGCCCAGGCUCGGAAGAUAUCCCCCAAUCUGGGCAGAAGAUUCUCCAGAGCAGAUGAAGACCUGUCAGUGGAGAGAGGAGAGCGAAGCUCCAAGCUUCCCAGUACUGAAGUGGGUCAGACUGGUGGGAGACAUCAGCACAUCCCCCCUCCACUGGACCUGAGUCAGAUCAGCAACAUGGAGGUGAUGCGGGGCUCUGAGGCCGUCCAACCAAUGAGCAUCAUCAAAGAGGGACUGUAUGAGUUUGUGUCCACCCCCAGAGAGAGUGGGGCUGCAGACGCGGGGCCACAGAGAGUGGAUAACCUUGGCGUGACCUAUGACACCGUCUGCAGCUCCCUUCGAGAUUAUAAAAGCCCUCAAAAGACACGGAGCCUAAAGGUCGACCUAAUUGAAGCUAAAGAUGACGUUCUCAUGGCUGUGAUGACACCUGUAAUGACCCAAUCUGCCACCGGUUCAACCAAGGGCGCUCAGCUCCUUACAGACGAGCUGAUUCCCAGGUUCUCUCCUUCUCCUGGCUGUUCGACGCAGGACGUUAAGUCUCCGCUGGCAACACUACAAUCUCCGUCUCUGCCACACAGAUCUGUCAGUCCAAGUAACUCCCCCAGGGAAGGUGAGGGCUCAGCAGGCAGGAGCUUAGAAGGUGAAGGGCAGCACACGGGCUUAAGCCACCAGGGUAGGAAUCACAUGGAGAGGUCUGCUGUUGGCUCCAGCAGCACUAUUAGCCCACUGUCGGCUAAAGGUAGCCCGUUCAACUGCAUCCAGGAGCUUGUAACCAUGGAGGGAGAAGGAAGAGAGGUAGCAGAACAGAGAGGAGAGAGGCGAGAAAACCACAUCGCUAUGGACGGGAGCCUGACGCCACCGUGUGAAACAAGCAUGUGA